GGAAAUCAUAUGAGUGAACUCACGCGGCGGAUUAACAAAUGAAUAUGAGAGUGAUGUUCGCAGUGAUGAACACAACUUAAGCAGUAGUGUAAAUAAGGCCUGAAAAAAUUCACCUGUCUUCAAGAGCUUUCAAGCAUGAUAAAAGGCACAAGUCAUCAAUUCUCCACAAUGCGGUGUUUGGGUUUAUUACUUUGGAUUUUUAGCAUCGCAACUCUGGCAAAUGGUAUGUUGAUGAUUUUGCUAAUAAAGACCCCAUCCCAUUGCAAGUGACUCUCGGAGAUCCUUUGAAAAUUGAUUGCCCACCACAUGGUGGAAGUUAUGGUGCUUCAUAUACCUGGGCAAAUAAAGACAACAUUCAGCUUAACAGAGCUGAACAUAUAGCGAUAACCCCAGUUGGUACACUGCAUAUCAUGUUUCUAACUCAAGCUGAUGUGGACAAAAUCUCAGAAUUAAAGGGAAUUGCUUGUACCAUUGUUGCAGCAAAUUCUAUCUUCGAAUCUGGCCUUGUGACUUUGGAUCCUCAAGCUGGAUCUGUGCAAGAAAAAGCACCUUCCUGGGAACCAUCUUCAUUGUCAAAAAGUUCGGAGAUAGCUGUUGAGGGAAGAAACAAAACUCUUUACUGUCUGGCCCUUGGAAGGCCUGCCCCAAAGAUAACCUGGAAGAAAAAUGGUCAGCAAAUUAUAAAUGGGGAAAAUAACUACGACAUUCCAGACCUGUUCUUUGGACGACAAUUGACCAUCAUGGAUGUAAAGAAAGACAAACACGAAUCUCCACAGUACUCAUGUGAGGCAGAGAAUAAAAUGAACAGUGGGAAUCCUUUGAAACACAACAUAGAGCUGCAAGUUCAAGCUGCUCCACGUUGGCGUCUCAAAGCUCCUGCAGAGAAGUUAGAGGUGGAUAUUCAAGGAAACGGGACGUUGCUUUGUGAUGUAUAUGCUGAUCCUGUGCCAUCUUUCUCAUGGUAUAAAGAUGGAACAAGGAUUGUGUCAUCAAAUACUAAUGUCAAAAUAGAAAAUGACAAGUUGAGGAUUGAAAAUGCUCGAAUGCAGGAAGAUGGUGUUUACCAGUGUGUUGCAGAAAACGUCCAUGGUAUGAUUGUGUCAUCUACUUGGAUUUAUAUCCGCGCUAAAAAACCAACGUUUGACCCAACUAGUGGUCCGUUUUACCUGUUCAAGAAUAGUCAAGGCGUUCUUAAAUGCGAACCAGAAGCAGCGCCUCCUCCAACCUUCGAGUGGUACAGGAAGGGUUCGAAGAUCACAACAGGCGGGCGCUACACAGUUCAGAAGGAUGGCGUCUUGUUGAUCAAUGAUGUUACUGACGAUGAUGCAGGCGAUUAUCGUUGUGUAGCCGAGAACUUCUUGGAUAAGGCUGAAUAUAAUGGAGUAGCGACUGUUUAUGAAAGAACAAGAAUUACAGUUCGACCGGAGGACAAGAUUGUUCCGGAACGCGUCAAUAUCGACCUUCGUUGCCGCGCAGAGUUCGAUAAAAGACUGGAACUAAAGUACUACUGGAAGAGAGAUGAUGCAAUUAUUAAAUUCAACUCCAAGAUGGAAUGGCUGGAAGGAGAAAACGUUUUAAAAAUCUCCGAUAUAAGUGUUAACGAUGCUGGCGUUUACACCUUUCCAUUUCCUCCAACCAACCUCGAAAUAAAUGAGGAAACGUGCAUCAAUCGGACAACAGUACUCAAAUGGACAACCGCCGCUUCAAAUGAUGCUCCCAUUCUACACUUCCUGAUUGAACAGGAAUCAAAUCAUGAACCAGAUGUGUUCACUUUCCUCCACAAUGUAACAAAUCCUAAUGCAACAUCUGUCGUGCUUAACCUUACUGGCUGGUCGACCUUGCGCUUCCGCAUGAGAGCUGUGAACAGCUUUGGCCCAAGUCGCCCUAGUUUACCCACAGGGGCUGGAAUUUGUAGAACAUCUCAGUCAGCUCCAGAGAAAUUCCCAGAGAACUUGCGUGGAGUACCAAAGAGGGCUGGUGAACUUGAUAUUGCUUGGACGCCUAUGCCAAAGGUCUAUUGGAGCGGUCCUGGGUUUUACUAUAUAUUGGAGUACAGAAAAGUCGUAGAACCGGCGAGUGAAGAUUCUCCUGAUCAAUGGAAAAACGUCAGACUGCCUGAUCAAGCUUCAACCUUUAAAGUCGACAAUCCUGGGUACUAUGAGCUUUGGGAGUUUAGAAUUCGCGCCGGAAACAACUUGGGCCCAGGACCCUUCAGCGCCAUCGAACAAUCCCGUUCUGGCCAAGAUCCACCUGAAGGACAACCAAAGAACGUAGCGGUGCAGAUUGUACAGGCACGCAGUGCGAAGCUUUCAUGGGAGCCUGUUGCUGCCCCGUCCAGAGGAAGUGUCGAUGGAUAUAGGAUUUUUUACUGGGGCACAAGCCUCCUGGCAAAUGCAAGGAGAAGGAGACGAGCCAUUCCAAGCUAUGCGAACUCUACUGAUGUCAAGGGGCGAACAACUUCUGAAACGACAGUUUUCGACCUGAAACCCUACACCUCGUACACAAUGGCAAUCAAAGCUUUUAACAGCGGAGGGGAGGGCCCAGCGAGUGAUGAAAUAGAUCUUGCAACACUGCAGGAUGUUCCUGGACGCCCGGCAGAUGUGAAAGUGUUCGCAUUUGCGUUGUAUAUCCUGAUCACGUGGAAACCACCUACAGAACCUAAUGGAAUCAUUACAAAUUACCAAGCGGGAUCUGCUAAGUACACUGGUUCAGAGCCUAAGGAUACUCCAGUGGAGAUGACACAGUUAGCAGCGUCGAAGAGGAGGCACCUUAUUGGACAACAAGAAGAACUGACAAACUAUGUUGUCGAAAUACAAGCCAAGACCGAACCGGGUUACGGUGAAAGUGUAAGAAUAGCCACAAGAACAGUCAAAAUUUCUCCACCGGCCAAACACAAUGCUCCCACGGUUGAACCAACAGGAAUCGACAAAGUCAGGGUUAUUUGCGAGAUCGCUGUUGGUGGAGGAUAUACACAUGAAUUCCUGGUUCAGUACCGACAGAAAUUGGAGGGUGAAGAGUUUGUGAACUCAUCUUGGAUUGAUUACUUGGGUGGCGACUUGGAUCUGGAGAUUGGUAAUCUGGAGUCUGCCUUGUACCAGUUUAGGACCAUCGGCAGAAAUGAUCAGGGAGAAAGUCCGCCGAGUGACAUCACUGAAGCCAGACCCAUCCCGGGAAUUGUGGCUGGCAAGAGAUCAACUACUCCUAUACACCAGAGCGCAUGGUUUAUUGCCUUGUUGGUUCUUAUCGCCAUUCUCCUCAUUGUGCUGCUUAUAUUUGUCCUUUACACCCGUCGCCGUGGAUCAAAAUACCCAGUUGGUAAACGCGAGAAGAAACGAGCCGCUCAUCUCAUCGACCGGGAAUCAUUCGAUGAAGAAGAAGGUCCUUACCAACACCAAGGGGAUGAAAAUCCCCCACCCUACCAGAGUCAGGGCUCAUUGGAUAAACGGGAUAGUGACCGGGAUAGCCUGGACGACUACGGCGAGGGACCACAGUUCAACGAAGAUGGGUCCUUUAUAGAGGAAUAUGGGGACGAGAAAAAACCACCAGCGGACGAGAAAGACCAGUCUGCAUUUGCGACAUUCGUUUGAGGACAUUUCUGUAGUGUACCAGUGUUGUUUGGUGAUCCCAAAAAGUAAGCUGGGUACAGUUUGUCGAUCAUGAUCUUUGAAAGCUUAAGACUGCUGACUCAGUAGUUAAAGAAAACGCUUAGUUAAAAGGACGAAUUGUGGCUCGUCCCCAAUCGUAAAUGGCUGUUCUGAUAGAAGACAUUCAACCAGUCUUAGGGUAACUACUAAUGCGACGGCGAUUCUUAGCACCCUUUUUUUUUUGUAAAAGACGUUUUAGAUGACGUAACCCUUUAACUCCCAAACUCUGAUCGUUAAUUCUCUCCUUUAGCUUCCAAAAAAUUUCCUUUUAAAUAAGUUACGAGAAUUUAAUGUUUGGGAGUUUAAGGGUUAAACGUCUCAGGUGUGAAAACAGUCAGAGCCAUUAACGGAAUAUUUGGCGACUUUAAACUUAUCAAUUUUGUUGUUUUCAAUGAAUUUGAGUUUCUAAAACGAAUUGUUAAAAAAUCAGUGUCGUUAGUUACAAUUUCAAAUUAACUCCAGAAAGCUCUCUGAGAAAAGAAAUUAGUGGUGAUACGUGGCAGUACGUCGCAAACUGAAUGCUUAUCAUUUGCUUGUAAGCAGAACAUAACUGCCAAAGAGGCUGUAUGUUAUUACCGUAAUUAAGUGUUCUAAUAAGAGCUGUUAGAAAUUCGACCUCGUUUGAGGACGGUAAAUGAAUAUUCGAAUCGUAUUUUAUUUUGCUUUAAGUUUCGAAGAUGCGCUCAAGGUGUGUCAAAGAACAACGGGCAACCGUGAAAUGACGCGAAGGAAAAGCUGCGUUAGCCCGUCCAUCGUAUCUAGACUGCAUUUGUUUUAGUUCUUUAUUGCGAAUCGCCGGUCGCCAGUCUGAUAGCAGGAAAAACAGGAAGAGGUGUUUCUUCCAAGAGAAGUCCAGCUAGGUUAAAGUUUUGUUCAAUUUGUUUUCACACGUUAAGAAGCAGCGGGCAAAAGUCAGCAUAUUUAUUCUAAUUAUUGAAAGUGAUAGAGUGUAAAUUGAAGCCAAAAGUCGUAGUUAGUCGUACUGUCGAAUGCUCUGUGCAUUGUUAAGUCAGUUGUAAAGAAGUUAGGUUGAUCUUGGACUGUAAUUUUGUUUGUUUCGGUGACGCAUUUGAGGGGUUUCGUUUCAAUUUUUUUUCUUGGUAGGGUGGCGGUUUAUAUUCAUUUUUUUUUUUAUUCAUUCAAUGCGUACCUUUUGCUAUUAAAAGUACCUUCUUGUAAAGUUUGAUUUCUUCCUUUUUAUUCACGACGAAGCAAUGUAUGAUGGAAAAUCACAGUGUUUUUAUACUGAUCAACCUGCACGUCAUGAAUUUCUUAUUUCCUUUUGGAGCGUGUCUUGGUUUCACUCAACUUAGUAGUAUCCAGCAGAGUUAAUAGAUAACAUUAAAGAAGUAUCAUUUCAUUUCACCGCCAUCUACCAGCGUACGUUAGACCACUGUGAUAAAGUUACAUAUCUUGUGGUUAGAUAAAUAACCUAACAUUGUCGUUUAUUUCUGAUCCUCAAUUUUAAGUUGCGGUUCUUCUAUUAUUUUUGAGUUUUUACGAUGUCAUCGAGCAGAUUUCACCGGAAAGUAGCAGCAUUCUGGGAAUGUAUUUCCCGUCCCAGUCAACCCUCACCCCCUCCUCCCCCAGACUUUAAAACGUUCCCGUCAAGGAAAAACGUUUUUGAAAUAAAAAAACGCCCCAUCCUCCCGUUGUCGAAAAGUUGCUGUUACUUGAAGGUGUUCAUACUCUGGUUAUUUAAUAAGGGAUGUAAAUGUUCUUUUAAAAAUAGGGAACUGUUGUUUUAUAGAAAUAAAGUUGUUUGAGCUUGUA